UUGUUUGCGACAGGACGUAAAGCACCACCGGCUCGACCGACGUCGCAGUCGAAUAGAGCGGCUCGUCGCGGGGGUGAAAAAAGAAGGGAAAGAAAACAAAUCCCCGUGUUUGUGUUCGUGUCACAGCUGAGUGUUUGAUAAAGUGAUGCAAUGCACCGCUCGUCCGGGAACCGAACACCGAGCGCGUUUUCUUUCUGAGGAGGAGAAGGCGUCGUAGUGUUGCAUGUAAGGUGACUUACCGUUGGUCCUGCACCAUCACUCGGGUUCAGCAGAAUCGUGGAUGAAAGAGGCCCACAGAGGACAAGGACUUCACCGCAGAAUCGGCAACCAAAUGAUGUCCACUGCCUCCUCCCCAGCAGCUGCUCUCACCGAGGACUCCGCCUGUAGCCGGGACCCCCGCGCGCCGUCCUGGGCUCCAGUAGCCCACCCAUGCCUGUGAUCCCCAUCCCACGGAGGGUGCGCAGCUUCCAUGGGCCCCACACCACCUGCAUGCACUCGGCCUGCGGGUCAACGCACGCCUCCAAGCUAGUGCGCACCAAGUACAACAACUUUGACCUCUACGUGCGCUCCCGCUGCAUGUACAGCUUCCUCCGUUUCCUCCUGUACUUCGGCUGCAGCCUGCUGACCUCGCUGCUCUGGGUGGCGCUCUCCGCCCUCUUCUUCCUGCAGUACGUCAGCGUGCGCGUGCUCCUGCGGCUGCAGUACAAGCUGUCCGUCAUCCUGCUCCUGUUGGGCCAUCGGCGCCUGGACUUUGGGGUGGUCAACGACCUGAUCAUCUACAGCAUGCAGAUCACCAUGUUUCUGGUGGGGGGGCUCGGCUGGUGCUUCAUGGUGUUUGUGGACAUGUGAGCUGCGAUGUGAGCAAAGCGUGAACCUGAGCGUUGUGUGGCUUCAUGGGGACAACACACACAGCUGUGCCGCGUUCUGAAGGACUGCUCCGCAUCACCCCGCGGUCGUCAAAAAGACCCUUUUGACGUUAACUCGUAAAACCUUAUUGGUUAGGUCUCAGAUGUGAUAGAAUUUAAUGAGAAACUGUUUAACGUGACCUUUGAGCCAGUGGCCUAUGGAUGAUUUCUAUUACAUUUCUAUUGUAUUUUCAUGCCAUUUGUAAAACAGUUUUCACAAAAAUUGUAAAGUGCAUCUUAAAGCAGAAAUGGUUUUGUUUACAUUAAAUGGAAAAUGUGAAUGUCAAAGUGGAUGUUGCAUGAAAAAAGUGACUGAAUAUAUGGCUACGGAUGUGAGGCAGACUAGUGUGCCAAAGCAACACAAGCUGGUCCCCAAGAGCAAGAGCGUACAAUGUGUCCCUGGUUGAUAUCAUGGAUUACAUUGUAUGUAAACACAAUAUCAAAAAUACAUAUUCCACAGUGAUGAAACUGAAAUAUUUUAACUCAGAGACCAAAACAAGUUAAGCUGUCAACCACGGUUUGCAUAAUGUUGUUUUGUGGAAAGGAUUCGGAGGGAGGGGGGUGAGGCCAUUGUGCUAGUGACAAACAUCAACUUUUCAUUUUUUUUAUAAAGUUAUUUAAUAAAUUUUAUGUUGCUGAAA